UAUAAGAUCGACAACAGGUUAAAGUGAGAGAUGACUUUAGCUUGUUACAGGCAUUUGAUUAGUUGGAAGCAGUGAAAGAAUUAGUGACCUAAAAAGUUAGCAGGGCUAAGGGUUUUCAUGUAUUCUUUAGCUUUGCCCCAUCACACUCUUCCCUUACUUUUUCUCUCACUCUUUUUCCCCUGCUCCCGAUCGACUAAGCAAAUACCCUAGUCCUGGGCUAAGUUGACUUCUGUAACACAAGAAUACAUGUACACUGUAUUAAUGGUUAAUGAAAAGGAGCUACAUACAUGUAAAGAAAUCUUCUGUACUUGUAAAUGUUAGUACUCCCUUAUUUCCCCCCAAAUCUUUGCUAUAUGAUGCCAUUCCUAUCCUUGUGCAGGUCCAAAAAUAUCCACACUCAACUCAUGGAAAGUCAUUUAUUAUUCAGAAAUUCUGAGGGGGAGGGGGGUAGAAAAUAUGCCAAACAUUUUUAAAGGAAAAUACAUAUUAAGUUUGACUGGUAUUUCCAGAGGAGUCAGGGGGAGGGUAUGGACAUUUUCUAGACCAUUUUUCGUUUUUGCUAAGCAAAUGUAUUUUGUAUGUAGAGGGUGAAGUGCAUGCAGAGUAUGAAGCCACGGAGUGGCACAUUCACCUAUACUAUAAUUAUUAUCCUUUUUUAUUGUUCACAGUAGGUACAUGUAAACUUGUGUGAUUCGCCUUUAUUGCACAGCAGCCAUCUUGGAUCGACGUCAUGUACUUUUGACACCAAUGCGAGGCCACGCGUGUUAAGUCAACUUCCGGCGAUCGAGGAGACAAGGCGAUCAUCUGCAAUCAUGCCCAACGGAGAUCACUGUUGCGUGCCGCAAUGUAAAAAUAAUUGCGCUAAAAAUAUUCCAAAUCAUACCUUUCACCAAUUUCCCAGUGAUGAAGCCAUUCAAAAGCAGUGGGUUGUCAAAAUACGGUGAGACGUGGGCAAAAGUGUCCAGGUAAGUUGGUUAGGUUAUCGAUGUCAUUGCUGCGCACAUGUAUUAAUUAUUAUGAUCUGGUCCAUCUGCAGAUAACAAACAGCACAAGAGUAUGUUCUGUACACUUUAAGGAAGCAGAUUUUCAGACAACUUUAACAGGGAAGCGUGUUCUGGAGAAGCAUGCAGUUCCGAGUAUUUUUUGCUGGUCAAGAUCACCCAGGAAAAGAAAAUCUCCGACAAAGCGAGAACCACCGCGUGCACGAGUGCGAUUGUUUGAUGUAAGCGUGCCAUCGUCCCCUGUCACUGUGACAGCAUCAACUUUCGGCCAAGCUUCUGGUGAGGAAAGUUCCAUGGAGGUCCAACCGGAACUGUCAUCCUCUCCUGUUGUUGUAGACUUCCCGGAGCCAAUAUACACUGUCACUGUCACAGGUAAAUAUUGUUGUUGGUAUGUCCACCAGAUUGCAGUACCAAAACUCUGAAGAAAUCAAAGUACUCACUGACUCAGCCAUGAUGUUUCAACACGCAUGGCCUCGCUUUCAUGUGAAAAAUGGUGACGUUGCAACCAACAUGGCGGACUGUGAUUAAGGCGAAUUGUGAGUGGACUUAUUUCAAAAUACUAUGUAAAAAAACAAACAAACAAACAAACAAACAAAAACAAUAAUUAAAAUAUUUAUUAAUAAUAAAACAUUUAUAAUAUUUGGAGGACAGCUGUGUGAUUGCCCAGAGCUUGAUCAUGUUUUUCUUCCCACAUUAGGAUAUUUGAAAAAAAAACUUUCAUGUGCAGAAAGGUUUUUAAAACCAACAAUUUGGCUUUGUAUAACCAACAGUGGUUAUACAUCUAAUACUGGUUAUAAUUUUGAUGUUUCUUGCUGCGGAAUUACAGGUUGCUGCUCAAUUUUCUCAGUUCCUUUUUGUGAAGAAAAUAACUGCACACUGAAAAGAAUGACAGAGGAUAAAUGCAGCAUGAAUUAAUUAUUUGAU